GGUGGGGCCGGGCCAUGGGGGACGGAGCCGUCCGCGUCCGCGUCCGCAGCCGCCGGAGCCGGGAGCCCCGCCGGAGCUGGAGCGGCGUCCCCUGCUGAGCCCCGAGCGCCGGGCCGGCAGCCGGAUGCCCCGGCCCAUUGGGCGGGCCAGCGGCCGCCUGCGGGAUGAGCAGACUGCUGGGGGGGACGCUGGAGCGGGUCUGCAAGGCUGUGCUUCUCCUCUGCCUGCUGCACUUCCUCGUGGCUGUCAUCCUCUACUUUGACGUCUACGCUCAGCACCUGGCCUUCUUCAGCCGCUUCAGUACUCGCGGCCCUGUCCGUGCCCACCUGGCAGCCAGCAGCAGCACCAACUGCUCAAGACCCAACGCCACUGCCCCCAGUUCUGGGCUCCCUGAGGUCCCCAGUGCCAAGCCUGGCCCUACAGCUCCUGUCCUGCCACCUUGUCCUGACUUGCCACAGGGUCUUGGAGGCCAGUGUCCCUGGAUUCUGGCGAAGGCCCUGAUUCCUAACACUAUCCUGCCUGCAGUGGGCCGACUGCUGAUCGAGUUCACUUCACCCAUGCCCCUGGAGCGGGUACAGAGGGAGAACCCAGGUGUGCUCCUGGGCGGCCGCUAUACUCCACCUGACUGCACCCCAGCCCAGACGGUGGCGGUCAUCAUCCCCUUUAGACACCGGGAGCAUCACCUCCGCUACUGGCUCCACUACCUACACCCCAUCCUGAGGCGGCAGCGGCUGCGCUACGGCAUCUAUGUCAUCAACCAGCAUGGUGAGGACACCUUCAACCGGGCCAAGCUGCUCAAUGUGGGCUUCCUAGAAGCACUGAAGGAGGACGCUGCCUAUGACUGCUUCAUCUUCAGUGACGUGGACCUGGUCCCCAUGGAUGACCGCAAUUUAUACCGUUGUGGUGACCAGCCCCGCCACUUUGCCAUCGCCAUGGACAAGUUUGGCUUCCGGCUGCCCUAUGCUGGCUACUUUGGAGGCGUGUCGGGCCUGAGUAAGACUCAGUUUCUGAGAAUCAAUGGAUUUCCCAACGAGUACUGGGGCUGGGGUGGCGAGGAUGAUGACAUCUUCAACCGGAUCUCCUUGACGGGGAUGAAGAUCUCCCGCCCAGACAUCCGAAUAGGCCGCUAUCGCAUGAUCAAGCAUGACCGGGACAAGCAUAACGAACCUAAUCCUCAGAGGUUUACCAAGAUUCAAAACACGAAGCUGACUAUGAAGCGGGAUGGCAUCGGGUCAGUGCGGUACCGGGUCUUAGAGGUGUCUCGGCAGCCUCUCUUCACCAACAUCACAGUGGACAUUGGUCGGCCCCCAUCAUGGCCCCCUCGGGGCUGACACUAAUGGACAAAGGCUCUUGGUGCCAAGGAUUGCUUGCCAGAGGACUGACCUACAGCCUGGCUCUGGCAUCUGCUCUAUGGGGGACCCCCAAGACUGAGACUGUGUUAUGUUUGAGGGUCUUCAAGAGACCGCCAGCUGGACCUAGGAGUUCCAGAACCCACUUUGAGGGGCUUCUAGCCUGGGCAGGUCCCUCAAGUGUGGCCCUCUCUGGGGUCAGCCCUUCUUUCUGUCCCAGUCCCCCCAGCCCAGCCUUCCUCACUGUCAGGGUCGGGCCAGCCCCUGCACUGCCUCGCGGAGUGGCCUGGGCUAGGUCACUCCACCUCUCUGUGCCUCAGUUUCCCCCUCCCCUUGAGUCCCCCAGGACCUGGAAGGAUGGGAGGUAUGACUAGGGGGCAGUGUCUCUUCCAGGGGGAAUUCUCACACUUGGGACUCCCAGGGGAGGGGAAACCUUUUUCAUUCAUCAUUGUAGGGGGCAAGCUUUGGCACGCCCCCUGCUGAGGAGCAGCCCCAGGAGGGGACCAGAGGGGGUGCUGUGUUGCUGCCUGGGAUCUUGGGGUUGGCCUUUGCAUGGGGGGUAAGGGGACUGGAUUAGUCUGUAGUUCCCGCCUCCCUGUCUCAGAGAGGAGGCAGAAGCCCCAGAGGCCGGCUCAUGUUUGUACAUUGCACAGAAACUUGUGUGGGUGCUUUAGUAAAAAACGUGAAUGGAACGUCCCCCGUGUCUGUUUAGGGAGGGAGAUCCGGGUCCUUGGACCUACUUGAAUCAGCCGUGGCGCACAGGGACUUGGCCACUGCCCUCCUCGCUUGCUUUGUCUGGGCGCUGGAGCUCACUGGACUUGCAAGUUUAACUUGCUGCC